AUGAGUGCCGCCACGGCAAACGCCAACCGCGCGUUUCCCCUCCAUCCCUUCUCCACGAAUCCCCUGCGCGAUAGAGAUGAUGUCGUCAAGGCUGUAGCUUCGCUUCUCGAUCCGCUAUUGGCGGGGCUCUCAGAGCACAGUUCUAUUGUCAGAGUUGGUUAUACUGGAACUCGCUUUGACGAGACUGCUGCUGGAGUUGAGGGCUUUGCACGACCGUUGUGGGGUCUUGCUGCCUUGCUGGCGGGAGACAGUCAAUACGCUCAUACCGAUAAGUUUGUUCAAGGCCUGAUCAAUGGAACGGACCCGGAAAGCCCUGGCUUCUGGGGCUACAUGGAAGACAUUGAUCAAAGGAUGGUGGAGGCGUGUCCCAUUGGAUUCACGCUUGCUGUUGCGAAUAAGCAGUUCUGGGAUCCGUUGACCGACAAGCAGAAGAAAAAUGUUGAGACAUGGCUUGGCAGUAUGAAUGGAAAGGAGAUGCCCAACACAAACUGGCUAUGGUUCCGUGUCUUCGCCAACCUUGGACUUGCAAAGAACGGAGCAGACUGGAAUAGCGAUCUUGUCAAGUCGGACAUCAAGCAUUUGAAUACCUUCUACCGUGGCGAUGGCUGGAGUAACGAUGGUCCUGAGCACUAUCGUCAGAUGGACUACUACUCUGGCUCCUUCGCCAUCCAGUACCUUCAGCUCCUCUACGCCAAACUCGCCGCUGACAUCGACCCUGAACAGGCCUUAGAGUACAAAGAACGUGCACGACUGUACGCUCAAGACUUCGUCCAUUACUUUGACCCCGAAGGCCGUGCUAUCACCUUCGGUCGGUCUCUCACCUACCGCUGGGCCAUGGUCGCAUUCUGGGGCUCAUUGGCCUUUGCCGAUGUCGAACUUCCCGAACCCCUUUCCUGGGGCGUCGUCAAGGGUAUCUGGCUCCGCAACCUGCGUUGGUGGACCACCCAGCCCGACAUCUUCCAGUCCAACGGGAUGCUCACACUCGGCUACUCGUACCCCAACACCUACUUGACCGAGAACUACAACUCCCCCGGCUCACCAUACUGGUGCAUGCUCACCUUUGCGGCCCUCGCAGCGCCCAAAGAUCACCCCUUCUGGACCGCAAAGGAAGAACCCCACCCCUACACCAACACACGCAUCAUCCGCCCACUCAAGCACCCCCGGCAUAUCGUCAUCCGCAGCGGCGGACACUCGUUCCUCCUCAGUAGUGGGCAGUCGUGCCAUUACGCGAUCAAGAACUCGAACGCAAAGUACGGCAAAUUCGCCUACAGCGCCGCUUUCGCGUACUCCGUGUCCACGGGGUAUCAGGAGCUGGAGCAAUUCGUCCCCGAGUCUUCUCUCGCGCUAUCCGACGACGGCGGCGAGCUGUGGAAGAUGCGCCGAGCGCACAACGGCGAUUCGAGCAUCGAACCGUUCGACGGCGCGCCGGUGCUGGUCAGCAGUAUGAAGCCCUGGCCUGAUGUCGAGGUCACAACGUUCUUAGUUCCGCCCGCGGAGGAGAGUCCGAGCUGGCAUCUCAGGAUCCAUAGGAUUACAACGGGCCGCGAUGUGCUGACGGCCGAGGGCGCGUUUGCGGUUUACGGCGCGAAGUAUGCUGAUGGCCGCAUGUUCAGUGGCUUUGAUGAGUCGCUUCCUGAGGGCGGGAAGGAUGAGGAACGCAGUUCGCUUGCUGCGAGUCCGAAGUCGGGCGCGGUGGGUAUUGUCGAAUUGUCGAAGACGAGUCGCGAGGGGCAUGUGCUGCAGGCAGAUGCGAACAGCAAUCUUGUUGAGGCGAGGAGCGUGGUACCUCUGCUCAAGAAUGAGCUCAAGGCGGGCUCGACGACGUGGUUUGUCACUGCUGUGUUUGCGCUUCCGGGCAGUGUUGAGGGGUGGAGGACGAGCUGGAAGGAAGGGUGGGAGAAUAGACCUGCGGUGCCAAAGUGGGUGCAGGAGAAGAUUGAGGGGAAGAACUAG